UUGAGGGUGGAUUCUGACUCUUCCAUCGCAGCAUUACUGGUCUAAGCACCGUGUCAGACGAGAUCAGCAAACUUCGUGAGCGCCUCUCUUUACAAUGUUUCCUUUUAUACUCUCCCUGUGCUUUGUGCGAUGUUCAGGCCGAAUUUACGCAAUGCAUUGAACUACAGUACUUCAGUUCUCUGAGGCCUAACCAUCAUUGAUAUAUUCAGUCUCAAAAAAGGAUAAAGCAACAAAAUAGCUGAUGGCAGAAAAUGAUGAAUGGCUCUCUCUUCGACCAUGUGAACCUCUACCUACCCAGUGUUGUGGUAGUGGUUGUAAGCCCUGUGUAUUUGAUAUUUAUGAGAAGGAACUCAUGCAGUGGAAACAGGCAAGAGCUAAAGGAGAUCAACGUCUUCUGAGUAAGAGUACUGAGUCAAGCCAGAAGGACUUGCAGUUAAUUGCACCUGAGAAAUGGAGCACUUUUCAGAUAGUGUGUGUUGAGCAGCAGACAGCUGACACUUACCUGUAUAGAUUCCAGCUGCCCCAUGGUCAUUGUCUCGGAUUGACUGUCGGACAGCACAUUGUGGCAAGGGGAGUUGUGAGUGGUCUGGAGGUUCAGAGAGCAUAUACUCCAGUGAGUCCUCUGGAUGCAGAAGGUUACUUUGAAGUUCUGAUAAAGAUCUAUGAGGAUGGAUUAAUGUCUCAGUAUAUGAAGACCUGGAAGGAGGGGGAUACUGUUUGCUGGAGGGGCCCUUUUGGAGGGUUUCCAUACAAACCAAAUCAAUAUGAACAGCUGCUGCUAUUUGCCUCAGGAACUGGUAUAGCUCCAAUGGUGCCUCUGCUCCAAUAUAUUGUGGCAGAUGAGGAGGAUGAAGUUUUUGUUACCCUGGUUGGCUGUUUCAGGACCUUUCAAGACAUCUACAUGAAACCUCGACUUCAGGAACUAGCUGCUUACUGGAAUGUGAAAACAUUGUUUGUUCUGAGCCAGGAGCAAGACCUGAAACAUCUUCUGAGGAGUUACCAAGAAAAAACUUACCUUGGACGUGUAAAUGGUGAUAUGGUGAAGAACUUUGUAAACUCAUGCAGAAGGAAACCAUUCAUUAUGGUUUGUGGAUCCAUAACAUUCAAUAAAGAUAUCCUUAACUAUCUCCACAAGUUAGGCUUCUCAGAAGAUUUGUACUUUGUGUUUUAGACCAUUGGAACCUUGUUACUGUGAAGUCAAUUCUGCAACAACAACAACAAAGAAAAAGCUUCUGUUUUUGCUGGAAGACUCCACUCCAAAGACUUAACCCAGUAAAAUAGUACUGAAAUCUAGAAAUUAGAAGAGGAGCAUGUGUACAAAUGACUGAAUAACAAGGCUGAAGGACUAUCAAUGGUUCCAAAUGACAUUAUCCAUGAGAAUCAGGAUCAAGGGAUUUGUGCAAGUUAUGUAUAGUCUGUAAUUCAUUCCAACAGACUGUUACACUGUACAGUGAACACUCAUAUUUGUACCUACAAACCAGUAUUCUUUUCUAUGUCCUCUCCUGAAGACACACUUAUGCAAGAAUGUAGUCCCAAAGAUUUCUGUCACCCUUUGGUAUCAAUGGUAAAUCUCUAUAAUCUGAGAGCUUUCAGACUGCAUAGAUUCCACUUGAUGCUUUGAUGUUUACCUAAAGCUAUACUUAAAGAAAAUGAGUUUCACUGAGAUAAUUUACAAAAUUGUAAACCUUGUAUCUUCCUCUAAAAUUCUCAUUCAUGGUUUUAUUGGAGAACACAAGAAAAUAGGAGCAGAAGUAAGCCACCAGACUUCUCCAUUUGAGAUGAUCAUGGCUGAUUUGCCCCUGGUCUCAACUCCUAUUCUUUGCUUGUGUACAUAGUCCUCAAUUCCCCAAUCUUUCAAAAAAUUACCUCUUCUUCUGUAAGUACCUCCAGUGUUCUAGCCUCCAUAACCUUCUAGAUAAAGAAUUUCAGAAAUCCAGCACCUGUGAGAAGAGCUUCCUAUGCACCACAGUUUUAAAUCUUGUAACUAUGUCCUUUUGUUUGAGACUCUGUGGUUAGUGGAAACAGCUCAACUUCUACCUUGUCAUGUCCCUUAGAAUCUUGUGUGUUUCAAUAAGCUCGCUCCCCAUUCUCUAAAUCCAAAAGAACACCAGUCUAAAUAUUGUAGCCAUUUGUGAUUAUGACACCCCUCUUAUCUCAGGAGAUAGGCUUAUGAAUCUCUUCUGGACAGCCUCUAAUGCAAGUAUAUCAUUUCUUAAAUUAGGGGAUCAAAAAGUACACAGUACUCCAAGUGUAGUCUCAACAACACCUUGUACAAAUGUAACAAUACUUAUCUAUUUCUAAACUCCAACCCUCAUGCAAUAAAGGUCAAUAUGCUAUUUGCCUCCUUAGUUAUUUGUAUAUGCUUACUUUUUGUGUUCCAUACACAAGAACACCUAGAUCUCUUUAUAUUCCAUUCAUUCACAAUCCCUUUCUAUUUUGAUAAGUCUGCCUUUUGAUUCCUCUUACCUAAGUGCAUAACCUCACACUUUCCUAUAAUAAACCCCAUUUGCUAAGUUUUUGUCCACUCACUCAACCUACCUAUAUCCUGUUGUAGUGUCCAAAUAUCCUCAUGGCAGCUUGCCCUCCAAGCUGUUUUCGUAUCAUCAGCAGAUAUGGACACUUUACACUCUGCCCCCUCCUCCAACUCAUUAAUAUGGAUAAUAAAUAAUUGAGGGUAGAUUCUCUGGGCACAACACCAAUUUUAGCAAUGUAUUGUUCAAGAUGAGGAUGUCACUGCUGAAGAACAAUGUUUUUUUUGGUUUUUGUUGUUGGUAUCAAACUUCCAGGAGCAGGGGUUGAUAAGGAGCAAAUCCCUUUAUGCAGUUAGAAUAUCCUAGCCCUGUUUUGAAGGAGUCUGCCCUGCACCACCAGUGUGGCAAUUGCAUCCUUAAAUACUUAUUUUAUCCUCUUUAGUUUUCAGACUGAGUUUGGAAGUGUGUAGCUUAAUCCCUGCAGCUAAAUAAAUUAAACAAAGGAUUUAUGCAAAUUAAUUAAUUUAAUAGAAAUUCAUUAGUUCAAAAUCAUUAGUUUGUUGUAGAUUAACAGCAAAGCUGAACAAACAGAAUGAUAGUUUCUUACACCACUUUAAUGGUGAAUAAUUUAUGUUCAGGUAAUUAUUCACAGAAUAAAAUGCUGUGUUUUACAGUCCUCUUUUGUAUGCAAACCACAUAUUCAGGACUGUUUCUAAACUAAAAUGAAAUUUAUCCACAAAGCUUUUUGCUUAUUUUUCAACAUGGUUUUUAAAAUACAAUCUAAAUGGCGAGUUUUGUUUCUCAUGAAAUUUGAGGGGCAGACAUCUCCCGAUUUGAAAGAGGAAAUGUUUAAAUCCAUGGUACAAUCAACUUUAUCUUGAAUUCUUUUUUCUUGUUAUUGCCAGGAUAAUGGCCUUGUAAUAACAAGCAAAAAAAGGAAAACACUUGAGAGUUUUCCUUUCUUAGCACAAAAUCACUAGCUAACUGUAGCAUGCCUAAUUUAAUGUUGAUGGAGAUAAACCAGAAAUCUUAAUUGUUUCUAUUGAACAUUUUUUUCUGAGUCUUCAAGAGAACCUCACCUUUCAAAAGUCAAUGUGCUAACAGAUCAUUUUUAGAAGUUCUUGCUCUCUUCAUUUCUGUAUGAGAAAUCCAUAUUUUGUUUGAUUGUGAACAUGUUGA